GCUGCUAUUUGUUUCUCUCUCUCUACGCGGCGCUUCUUAGCAAAAGCCUCAUCCUUCUUUCCGACGGGAAAAAAACUUCCCCGGAUACUCCGCUCCCCGAGAAAUGGUGAUAGUAUCGUCUCUCCGGCUGCCGUCUCUCACCUCCCUCUUCUUCGCCUCUUCUCGGUCAACUCAUCGAGCUCCGGCUGCUCUAUUCCGCCGGCGGCAGCCUUACCUCGCCGCGGCGAGGUUUUCGGCCCAGAGUGCUGCGUCUAGUCUGCCGGAGACCACCGAGGAGCUAGCUGCGAACCAGAAGAAGAGUAGUAAUAGUAAUAAGGUGAACCAGGACCGAGUCAUCACGCCUCGUUCGCAGGAUUUCAACGCUUGGUACCUCGAUGUGAUUGCUAAUGCCGAGCUCGCUGAUUAUGGCCCCGUUCGGGGAACUAUGGUCAUUCGCCCAUACGGCUACGCCAUCUGGGAGGCAAUUCAGGACUAUUUGAAUGUCAAAUUCAAGGAGACCGGGCAUAGCAACAUGUAUUUCCCACAGUUUAUACCGUAUUCGUUUAUUGAGAAAGAAGCUAGUCAUGUUGAGGGAUUCAGUCCUGAACUGGCUGUUGUAACUAUUGGAGGCGGAAAAGAACUCGAAGAAAAGCUCGUGGUGAGACCCACUAGCGAAACCAUAGUUAGUCACAUGUUUACUCAGUGGAUUCAUAGUUAUCGUGAUCUGCCUCUUUUGAUCAACCAGUGGGCAAAUGUCACUAGAUGGGAAAUGCGCACCAAACCGUUUGUGAGGACUCUCGAGUUCCUGUGGCAGGAGGGUCAUACGGCUCAUGCAACUCCAGAAGAGGCGGAAGAAGAGGCUCUGAAAAUGAUUGAUGUCUAUACAAAGUUUGCUUACGAGGAGGCUGCAAUACCAGUGGUUGUAGGUAGAAAAUCCAGAGAAGAAACAUUUGCUGGAGCUGUUAGAACGUAUACAAUAGAGGCUAUGAUGGGUGAUAGAAAGGCUUUGCAGGCCGGAACCAGCCAUAACCUCGGGCAGAACUUUUCUCGGGCUUUUGAAACGCAGUUUACUGAUGAGAAUGGGCAGAGGCAACAUGUAUGGCAAACAUCAUGGGCUGUGAGUACACGUUUUGUUGGUGGGAUUAUCAUGACACAUGGAGAUGAUGCUGGCCUAAUGCUUCCUCCCAAACUUGCACCAGUUCAGGUAGUGAUUGUGCCCAUAUGGAAAAAGGAUGAUGAAAAGGCUGGGGUUCUGAAUGCUGCGUCCUCUGUAAAAGAAGCACUGCACUCCGCUGGUGUGAAAGUCAAACUCGAUGACUCGGACAUGAGAACCCCUGGAUGGAAGUUCAAUUUCUGGGAGAUGAAGGGAGUCCCUAUUAGGAUUGAGAUUGGUCCUCGAGAUGUUGCAAGCGGAAGUGUUGUGAUAUCAAGGAGAGAUGUUCCUGGAAAGCAAGGAAAAGUUUUUGAAAUAUCAAUGGAGCCUUCAACUUUAGUAGGUUAUGUGAAAGACAAGCUGGACGAGAUCCAAGCAUCCCUGCUGGCUAAAGCCACAUCAUUCCGAGAUAGUAACAUUGUCGACGUGAGCUCGUAUGACGAACUUAAAGAAGCUAUAUCCCAGGGCAAAUGGGCAAGGGGUCCUUGGUCCGCAAGCGACAAAGACGAAGCAAGAGUGAAAGAAGAAACCGGAGCAACCAUCCGAUGCUUCCCAUUCGAACAGCCCGCAGGAACCAAGACAUGCUUGAUGACUGGCCAACCAGCCGACGAAGUCGCCAUUUUUGCCAAGUCCUACUAGCUGCGGUAAAGGUAACACCUUUUCCUGUUCCCAGACCACAUCUACUCAUUACCCAAAUUGGCCAAAGCAAAAUAUACGUUUAAAGCGAUUCUGAGUUUGAUUACAUAGGACGUGAACAUGCCUGUUGUAGCUUGAUUCUUACACCUUCAGGAAGGUUCAUCUCUCUCUCUCUCUCUCUCUCUCUCUCUCUCUGGUGAGCUUUUGGACGAUUACAAAAAGAAAAGGCCAGGAAUCAGAAACGGGGGCUGUGGUUGUAGAAUAAGAGGAUCGUAAUUCGUAGUAUGUGUGACAGGGAAAGGGAUGGGAGAGGUGGCAAAUGAGGUUGCAGGGCAGUUAGGAUGUAGAUGGGAGAAGGCGGAGAGGAAAAGGAAUCUUUUUCUUGACUUUUUUUCGUUUUCGUCCUUCCUCUGAAUUCUCCCCUGAUUUCCGCCUUCUUUUCUUCUCAGAGCUAGUGGUGGGUGGGAUCCGCUUCCAUUAUCUCUUUGCUUCUAUCUUUUUUCUUCUUUUAUUUUUGUUUAUUAUUGAAUUCAUUUUUGGGGGUUAUUGCAUUUUUGGCCCUCGUAGAUGCUUUGGCGAUAUGUUUAUUUUCUUUUAAAUCCUUUGUUUAGAAGGUGAAACUAAGGGCAAAAGUUUUAGGGGGAUAGGAUGACAAUUUCGACCUAGUGUGUACAUUAUUCGAUUUGUUUCAACGAUAUUUUGGGUGAGUAAUGGGGGGGGGGGGGGGGGGGGGGGGGGGGGCUGGUGUGUGGUGUGGCUCUGGUCCUUGUCCCAGCCUAACUCGUCAUUCCUGACUCGUUGAGUUUAUCUUUGAUUUAGUAUUUAGUCAAAUUGUUUAUAUUUAGUUAUAUAAUAUCAUAUUCGGAGUCGAAUGUAGUCAAUUCAUAUGUGAGAUUUUCAAUUUCUCCAAGCUAUUUGAUUUCAUUAAUCAUGUUGUUAUCUCUGGUUCUAAAAAGUACUUGUUUGUUUUUUCUUUUCUUUUUCUAAUGAAAAUGCAUAUUUGAAUAGGUAUGAAGCUUCAGAACGUGUUUCAGUUAUUCAUAUGUGAGAUUUUCAAUUUCUCCAAGCUAUUUGAUUUCAUUAAUCAUGUCGUUAUCUCUGGUUUUAAAAUGUACUUGUUUGUUUUUUCUUUUCUUUUUUCUAAUGAAAACGCAUAUUUGAAUAGGUAUGAAGCCUCGGUACGUGUUUCAAGAAUACACAAUAUCCAAAUUGGUAAUGACCUGCCACGGGAUGGGUAAAGGCGAAUUAAGGGAAACGCUACAAUAAGAACUCCAGGGUGUUGUUUUCAUACUGAAGCAUAUAGGAGGCAUGAGAUAGGUAGUCUUGUAUUUUUUUUUUUUAAGAAAAAAAAUUGGUUUGAUCAAUUUUCUCCCAUUAAUUUCUAUUCUCCUAUUGUUUUUAAUGUCGUAUAAGUGUUAUCAUGCUAUCUUGUGGCUUGUCCCGUGACUUCCCCACAUUUCCAUGACUAUGUCUUAUGUUCAAUGUUAUGUAGCGGAAAAGGAAAACUAGGCAAAAUGGUUUUUUGAAGAAGAAUAAUGCAUAGUACAAGGACUCGAAAGGAAGAAAACAAAUUUUCAGAGACUGGUUUUGGUAUAUUUACAUAAAAUGGAGGACCGGACUAGCUCUCAAUUGCUGGUGGUGGGGUCCUUUCAUUUCUUUCUUUCUCUCUCCUUCCCUCAGCCAGCAGUCUGGCGUGGAAUAAAAGUCACGCGGUAAC